CUCUCUCUCUCUCUAAACACACACUAAAAACACAGAGAAUGACGAUAAAUGGUGUUGGGUUUGUGUUGUUGAUAGUGUUAUUGAGUUGUGGUAUGCCAUGUUUAGCCAAAGUUUAUACAGUUGGAGACUCAUCUGGUUGGUCACUGGGUGUUGAUUAUAAAACCUGGACUUCUGGCAAAACAUUCCAAGUUGGAGAUACCCUUUCCUUCAAUUAUGGAAGUACCCACUCGGUGGAUGAAGUGAGCUCAGGCGACUAUGGUACCUGCACUGCCGGAAAUGCCAUCGCAUCCUAUACUUCCGGCCCCACCACCAUCGCUCUAAACACCACCGGAACUCAUUACUUCAUUUGCGGUGUGGCUGGCCAUUGUAGCGGUGGCAUGAAGGUCUCCGUUCCGGUCACCGCAGCCUCCUCAGCUCCAUCUGGGACCGCCAAGCCUACACCUACCCCAUCAACCAGCACCACCACUCCGGCCUCAUCAGCAGCCUUUUCUCCGGCUGUGCCUCUUGUUUGCAGUUUGGUUCUAUUCAUAUUUAAUUUGGUUGUUUCUUGAGUU